CGGUUGGGCUGCGAUAGAGGUCGUCGUCCGUUGCCGUGGUCCCUCAUGCCGUCGAGUUGUAAAACUGCAGGGUUGCAAGAUGCAUUUAGUAGUCUCGCGAAAGAAAUACCGUCCGUCACGCUGUUAAUCACGCUCGCACGGAUCGUAUAUGGUCAAUGCAGCGUCGCAAUCGGUUUCUCGAUCACGGUUUUCUAAUCGUUGCGCGGAGUGAUAGGCAGUCAAAAAACUUGUACGAAACAUUGGGGUGUACGGGGAAUACCCGGCUGUAAUGAUCGAACGUGAACAAGCGCCGCCGGCAUCACCAUGAGUUUCCAUUGAAUUGAUGUACGCGACAAAUUGACCCGGUUCGCUGCGUCAGCAAUGAAACGAUUUCACGUUUAACGAUAAAUAAAGUUACUAUCUGUUUGACCUUUCCGGUAACAUCGCGUAAUAUUUUCAUAUUUUCUAACCGUAAUUAACUAUUUGUGAAAUAACCGAAAACGUUAUGAUCCUACGACGAAAAUCCGCGCACGGCUGCAAUUGCCCUUGCCAUCAACAUUGCUCCACCAAAUGUGCAGAAGAUGUAGAGAGUAUGACUGGUGAGAUCGAGAACGGAGAUUUGGCAAUUCGAGAUGUUGCAGACCUUCUUCAAUCACAGUACGCUAUUAUAGCAGGAGGAAAAACUCGAGAAGGUUGUCCUAUAAUUACUUUUCCUGAUAAUGGUAAUUUUCAUAACUUAUCAGAGUUGGAUUAUCAACGUCUCAUGCUCUACCUUACUUCUGUGCCAACUUUACAAGAAGCUGAUCUUGGAUUUCAUUUAAUCAUUGACAGAAGGAACGAUAAGUGGAAUUCUGUGAAAACAGUCUUGUUAAAAAUUUCUGGCUUCUUUCCUGGCUUAGUUCACAUAGCAUAUGUUCUACGUCCAGCUGGAUUUUUACAAAAGGCUAUUUCUGAAGUUACUAAUAAAUUUUUUCGCGAGGAUUUCAAAUUCAGAGUUAUAUUUUUAGCAAACGUUGCUGAGCUUCAUGAGUUUAUAGAGACGGAUCAGCUAACCGAGCAACUUGGUGGUACUCUGCCGUAUUGCCAUCAUACUUGGAUACAAAACAGAAUUAGUUUAGAAAAAUUUUCAUCAAUGACACAAGACGUGUCUCUCGCAUUAGAUUCUUUCACACGGCGUCUAGCCGAAAUUGAAUUUCCUAAUAAUACCGUUGCGACCACGGCUCUACUAUCUCAACAACAAGUUGAGUAUAAUGAAUUAAAAGAAGAAAUCCUUAGUGCUGCAAGACAUGGUGAAGCAUUGUUGGACAGUGUACGGCAAUUAACCGGCAAGGGAACUGCUGAUAGAUUAGGAAAUGUUGCAGCAAUAGAAAGAUUACUUGUUCAGCUAGAAGAAACAGAACGUACAUUUGACUUAUUUUGGUCGCAUCAUAGUUCUCGUUUGAGACACUGCCUAGCUUUGAGACAAUUUGAAGCUGACUUUAGAGAAUUACAAGCAACUUUGGACCAACAUUUAAAAAGUAUAGAAGACAUGACGGAAGUCGGAGAAACCCAAGCAAGAGUUGAACAACUGCUAUUAGACACAACAGCAUUUCAGAGAAUAUGUAGAGGAGACAUAGAGCGAGCAGAGGAAGUUAUAUCAGCUGGUCAACAAUUACUAUCUGGAAGGCAUCAGUGUCCAACGGAUGUCGUAGAACCUAAGUGUGUGGAAUUACAGAGAAUUUGUACCAUUUUAAGUCAAAGAUUAGAAAGGCGAUUACACAUGUUGACUAAGUGUAGAGAACUCAUGGAACGUAUAGACAAGGCAAACACAUGGUGUACACGUGGAAUAGAGUUACUUGCAUCACAAAAUAACACAACACCAGCUGAUCAAGCACUUCAAGAGUUGCAAGAGUUAAUCGAAGCGGCAGAAGAAUUUCAUCAUCCAAGAUGUAUUUUUCAAGAUUCUGUAAUGCCCGAAACAAAAGCCUUAAUCACUCAAGUCUUGCAAAGAAUAGAAGACGUAUCUUUGAUGUGCGAUAAAAGAAUAAUGACAUUGAAGCAACAAUUGAUUAAACCAACAAGGCCAGUUCAAACAGUUACACCCGAGCCAGUUAAACCAAUGCAAUCACUGCCUCAAACUGUAAAGCCUGGACGAAUUCUUAAAAAAGCUAACACUAUGCCAAAGAUGGAGAUGAGUCCUAUAGAAGGAGAAUCUUCAUCGCCAGAAAAUGAAUCUAAGGAUAUAGAAGCUUUACGCUUAAAGCGUGGCCACGUUUUGGCCGAACUUGUUGAAACUGAACGAAUCUAUGUUGCUGAAUUAGGUUCUAUAAUCAAAGGGUACAAAAUGGAAUUAACGAAUGAAGCAAUGGCUCACUUAAUACCGCCAGCGUUAGUAGGCAAAGGAGAUAUUUUAUUUGGCAAUUUAGAAGAUAUUUACAUUUUUCAUGGAGAGACAUUUUUAAGAGAUUUAGAAAACUGUAUUUCAAAUACAGAACUUGUUGCAUUAUGUUUUGUACAAAGGCGUGAAGUAUUCUUCAGACUAUACAGUUACUAUUGUCAAAAUAUCCAAAGAUCGGAAAGAUUACGAGAACAGAUACAAGAUGAACUGCAGUUUCUUGUAACGUGCCAACAGAGACUUGGUCAUAAAUUACCUCUUGCGGCAUACCUAUUGAAACCUGUACAACGUAUAACAAAAUAUCAGUUAUUAUUAAAAGAUCUCUUAAAAUAUAGCGAUGAACCGUCUUGUUGUACUGAACUACAAGAAGCCUUAGAUUGCAUGCUUGUUGUAUUAAAAUGUGUUAAUGAUAGCAUGCAUCAAACUGCGAUUACUGGAUUCGGUGGUGAUUUAAAUGCACAGGGUGAGCUGUUAUUACAAGGCUCUUUCAGUGUAUGGAGUAGCAGUAAACGAGAACGUCUUCUCAGGUUAAAGCCAUCUCAGCGCCAUAUUUUCUUGUACGAGAAGGCUCUUAUAUUUUGUAAGCAUAGUAAACCGCAAGCUCACAAUAAAGCUACAUACCAUUUUAAGAGAUAUCUAAAGAUGUCACAGAUCGGACUCACGGAAUCGGUCAAGGGUGAUGCAAGGCGAUUUGAAAUUUGGCUUCAGGGUAGAGCUGAAGUUCAUACGAUACAAGCAUCGACUAUCGAAGUAAAACAGUCCUGGGUGCGUCAAAUUAAAGGCGUUUUAAUGUCUCAGUUAGCAGAACUUAAGGGAAAACAAAAUUCUGCUCUUGGAAAAACCAAUCAUAAACCAUUACGACAAACGAUUUCAUGGGAAGCUCAAGGGAGUGUAUCUGGAUCUCUGCGUACACUCUCGGUGGACGGUAACAGCGUUAUAUCGCAUAUCACAGAUGUUUCACAAUCAACAGAAGACGAUGUUGCUUGGAGUUCAGAAAACAGUAACACCGACGAUGAAGAUGCAUUCAGUGAAAAUGCCGGUCCAGCUCUUGGUGGAAGAUACAUAGCAUUAGCUGAUUAUUGUGCAGUUGGCCAAUCGGAGGUGACUAUGCGCGAGGGAGACAAUCUAGAACUUCUUAAAGUCGGUUGUGCUGGCUGGUGGUUUGUAAAAUUGAUAGGUACUGAAAUAGAAGGAUGGGCACCUGCGGCUUACAUGGAACCAAUUAAUCGAAAAACUUCGCGUAGCUCUCAGUCGGUUAAUAGCCAAGAGACCAUAUGAAACAGGCGCCUAACACACUAGAUUUUUCCUAGUGUGUUAGCCCCCAACUGUCUCGUUGAUGAGUAUCGAUUGUUAUAGUAUUAAAAAUUGCAUAUGGAGGCUUUUGUAAUAUAAAAGGUACGAGGAAGACUUUGGAAUUUUGCAUAAAACGCAACCAGUAAUUUAUAUACAUCGUAUUAAAUUUGUUAUUCUCAAUGCAACGUUCUCUAUUCGACGUAGCAAUAUGCGCUUGAUUAAUAUGAUUAAUCACUCAGCGAUUAUAAUAACAGUAAAUUUUUUAGUUGAAGUUACAUGAAAAUUAAUUCGAAAGAAAUAUUUGGCAAUUUUUUUAAUAAGAUGUCAGAAAAUAAGAUGGAAAUUGUAUACACUUCUGAUUACAUAAAGUGCACUCCAGAAAAUUUGUUGACGUAAAAUCUUUAUGUGAAAAAACUAGAAUAUGUAUUUAUGAAACAAAUAUAUUGAUUAUUAGAUUUAUUCUUACAAAGAGAAUAACAUUUAUAGAAUUGUACAAACCGAGUUUCGAUAGCGAAUUAAUAUCAUAUACACAUAUAUUUGCAUUUACGUGAUUUAAGAUUGCUACGGAUAAUGCAAAUGUAGUAUGUAAUGUUACAUACUGUAAUACUAAUACAAAAACGACUACAAUGAAAUACAAUCAUUUAUAUAAUUCUGUUAUCAUAUUUGCAAAAGUUUGCAUGGAAGUAUAAACUAUAAAAUUUAUCUAUACUUAAAAGCCUACAUGCCACUUGGCCGUAUGCAAAACUUCCAAAGUUUAUAUAAGACUUGGGAUCAUUUUGUUCAGUGUAAUUUGUUAAUAAUGCUUGCAAUACUUUUCAUAUACUGAAAACUUGAGUACAGUUAUUAAAUAAAAUCGAAUGUAUUGUUUUUAUAUUCACAUAAUUUAAAUACGUAAGUUUCUUUGCAAAUGUGCAUCUGUUUAUUCAUACAAAUAAUACAAUACAACAGUAUUAAGAUUUUAUCUUGAUAUUUAGAAAAGAAAGCGAAUUUAGAAUAUUUGCAAACUGUCGAAAAGUGAUCAAAGAAUUUUUUAAAUUGAGAUAUGCUGAACAAAUAUUUAUUUGGUACUUCUGUAAAUGAAUUAUAAAAAACUUAGUAGAAGUACUUUGUUGUUAUAUGAGUAUAGCUAGAACACAGAACAUAUUGUUAAUAAGUCUUUGUGACCAAACAGCUUGAUAUUAGUAACUAUUUUAGUAAUUAAUAAAUAACUUAUUUAAAAAAUAUUUAAAUAAAGUGAAAGCAGAUAAUUGCAAAGAAAUAAAUAACAUACACACAAGAUUUUUAGAAAAUAAAAGAUUAACACCAAGUAUUGUGCAAUAUUUAACACUGAUUGUAAGAAAAUAUAGAAGGAAACAUUUUAGUAAAAGAAGCAAUUUCGAUUUUAGCAGAGCUAAUAAUCUGUUAAUAUCUUAAGUAUUUAAUGAUAAUGAAACGUGUAUAAUAUUGUAAUUUGUACUAAAACUUUAUAUGAAUGCAGAAAAAAAUUAGGAAAUUGUUAAGAAUUAACAUUUUCUUGUAGGUACAUAGAGUGCAAUAAUUGUGUUUAUUUUACAAGUAAAAAUCAUGAAUCCAUUAUUACAUAAUUUAUAUUACUUAGACAACUGUUAAUUAAAUGUAGCUUAUAUAUUAUUUAUAUAUAACAAAAUUCUAUUGUGAUCAUAAGGUACACAUAUUGAGUACAAAUAAUUUAUUUUAAUACUAAAAAUAUUAUUAAAAUAAAUUCAUGUUGUAAUGAUUAUACUUGAAUAUCAUAAUAAACGCAUCUCCAUAAUUUAAAUACACACCAUGCGCGCGCGCAUACACAGAUAUACAUAUAAUUUAUAGAUACAUUUUCAAUGUUUAAUUGAAACAUAAUGUGAAUAUUCGACCAAAGAAAAUUUUGCACUUUUCUUUGGUAAGAUACAGAACUGGAGGUAUUAUUAACUUAAGAUAGCUAAUGUCAGUUAUUACGUUGAGUAUAUUAAUUUUGUAAUUAAUUUAUCGUCUUUAUCCAUUUCCACGCCGUCCUAAUAUUAACUAGUUAUAGGGUUUAACCAGACAAAGUGCAUUAUUAUUUUAUAUUCCCAGUUUGCAAUUUAUUUUAAAAGUAUUCAAGGAGUUCUAUAUGCACUAGUUCUAUGUGCAUGAUAAUAAAAGUUGAAUAUUGUUAUACAUUUACGAAAAUAAUUUUAAUUAUUUAUCAUUUCAACAUUAAAGAAAAGCAAGUAUAAAAUGAGUUGUGCUGUAUGCUACAUAGUACAAUUAUUCAUUUCACCCUAUGUAUGUAACUUAAAAUUUUAAACAAUUUCUUUUUAUUGUUUCUUCCAUUACAAUACAUGUUCUAGUAUAAGUGAAUAAAGUGAUGUUCGAGUUUUUAAAAUUUUUUGUAGACAACGUUGAAUUAACAUAUAGACAAUAAAUACACGCCCUUUGUGGAAAGAUUCCAUUUUGAACUUAUAACGAAUAUAGUAAUAAUUUUUGACAUGAAUAAAACAAUGUUAACAUACUUCCUUUUAGAAUUCUGAUAAGCAGCAAACUUCUAUAGAGCAUAUAUUCGCUCUGUACAAUAUUAAUAGAACUACUGUAUAAGAUAAUUAGCAAUGCUAGCUUUCUUCGAAAUAUUAAGACACACAUUAAUUUACAAAAACUGAAGUGUAGUUACAUCAUUAACUACAACAUUUAAUGAACGGUUCCUUUGGUUGUUCCUUUAUAGUAAAUUUAAUAAAAUUUAUUUUUACAUACUUAAAGAAAAUAUGAACGCUAACAUUUUUCUGUAUCUUUACAAUGUUGAGAUAGAAAUUUUUAAAGCUAUUUUAAUGAAGAAGAAACAGAAAUAGGGUUGUCAUUAAAAAUGUAGUGUCUUCUUUUUUUAUUCUAAUUCUGUUCACUCUCUUUGUAAAGAUGGCACUGUGAUUAGUGUUAUAAUAAUUGCAAUUAAAUGAGUAAUUACACAAGUCAUUAGCAUUUAUUUAUUAAUUAAGGUGUUGAGAUAUGUUACAAAUAUUGUA